AGAGAAACAUCUGUUUAUUUCAUAUAUCUUAUAAACACAUUUACAGAUUAGUUUUAUAAAACAUAUUUUUCCUAUUUUCGUUCAGAGCGAGAACUCUCUUUCACUCUCUUUCCCAAAGCUCUCCUCUGUCCUCUCUCUCCUCUAAUACUCAUGUAUGUCAAGAAUCCUUAUAAAGCGACUGCGAAAACCGAAUAAUUUUUACAGGACAUUUCAGUCGUUUUGAACACUUCGUACGGGAAAGACUUGUUAUUGAUUAACAGUGGAAGUUUUUUAAUCUAAAAUAAUCAACAGAAUAUUCCUUGAGAAUUUUGACAAGUUUCAAAAAAAAAAAAAAUUAAUUAAAAAUAAAUUUUAUUGAAUUCAACUUCAGUGUUUGUUACAAUAAAAACUACUACACACAGAAAAGUAAUAAAUUUAAUAGAUAAAUAAAAUCAAUUGAGUCUGGUUUUUGAUUUGUAAAGUUUGUGUGUGAUUUUCACUUUCUUUCCGCUUAACUUUUUAUUUUUUAUUAAAUAUUUUUCUAACAAUUACCAAAUAACGAAUAUAUUCCUGUGUAAAUAAUUAUCGUUUGUGAGAGCGUCGUCAUAUGGUGGGCGGUUUAACACGGAAUUUUGCGGCAUUAAACGCCUUCAGUAAGAAUUUUGCAAAACAAUCAGUACAAAAAGGAGCACCUCCAUCUCCACCUCAACGAAGCAAGACAGUUAAGUCGUGCAUGAAUUCUCAUAAGCGAUUAAGUCAUAGGACUUCAAAAUUUUCGAGUAACAGACAUCGGAAACUGCAGCCGUUUAGAGAAACGUGAAAGCCUUAAUAGGUGCAACGUUUUGUUUUGUUUUGUACACAAAAAUCUAAUAUUAAACAUCUAAAUGUAAAAUUAAAAUAAAAAACACAAAAUUCAUCUUUAACAAGAUA